AUGGCUACGCGGUGGGGCAAUUAUAGUGCCUUCGAUUUCCACGCUGCUUCAGUCACUGGGGUAGACAUUGACCCGAAACUCGUUGGACAAGCCAACAAGCUUCUUGCGCUUCGCGCGUCGCGGACGCGGCCUCCGACAAAGGAUUCUGAGCGCAUCGUCGACUGGUUUCCCAUGUCCGCCGUGCUCGACCAUGGCUACAUUGAGCCGCAAAACGACGCAUUGCGCGGCUCGACUUUCGCGUCGCCCCAUUCGUCAUGGCCCUGUGUGCGCUUUCAUUCCGCGGACUGGGCGAUUGACCAAGAUUGCUCAGGUCCCUACGACGUGAUCCUAGCCUUAAGUACUUGGGACUCGUACGAGAAAGCUAUUCGCCCACAGAAGGCGCCUCAUUUCCUUCAAAACUUCAAUCAGCUACAGUACCGUCCUGAAACCUCAUUCGAUGAGCUCCUUGCAGCAGAAGGACUGCAGCUUUGCGCUUCAUCUCUUGUGCUACCACGUCCGAUAAAGGUAUAUCGUAAGCGGCGCCCAGGCCAUGAUGACUCAACAUCAUGA